GCGGUGCUGAAAGAAUCCACCCAGUAUAUUGAGAGCGCGCCGCAUUGGGUGGCUGUUGCAAAUGCCUGGUGGCGACAUCCCGAAGGGCGGGACUCUUCGCUCAAGGACAGAUGGGAAGAUUAUCCUGCGGUGCACAUAAGCUGGACUGACGCAAAGGCAUACUGCGAAUGGGCUGGCAAGCGGUUACCCACUGAAGCUGAGUGGGAAAACGCG